AAAAUUGACCUUGUCGAAAGGAAUUGGUGUUCUUUCUUUGUGUCAGCUGUGUUGAGGCUUUAAGUUUUCGAAAAUCAGAGGCACGAGUCAGAAUCAAUGAAAGGGCAACAUUCUUUAUUUUUUUGCUCCACUUUUCUUUCCAUCUUACUAAUUUCCACAGCAUUAAACAUGAUCACAACAGAAAAACCAAUUAGAGAUGGUGACACUAUUGUUUCAGCUGGAGAGGUUUAUGAACUUGGAUUUUUCAGCCCUGGAAAUUCCAAGAAUCGCUAUGUUGGCAUAUGGUACAAGAAGAUAACAACUAGAACUGUCGUAUGGGUUGCCAACAGAAACAUUCCACUGAAUGACACUUCAGGAGUGUUAACACUCAAUCCCAAUGGGAUACUUGUACUUCUCAACAGUUCUAAUGCCUCAAUUUGGUCAUCAAACUCAUCAAGAUCCUUAAAGAAUCCAAAAGUGUGGCUCCUGGAUUCUGGGAAUCUUGUUAUCAGUGAUGGUAAUGAGAGAGACCGCAGGAUUAAUUUUGCGUGGCAGAGUUUUGAUUAUCCAGGAGACACUUUAUUACCUGGCAUGAAGCUUGGACGUAAUUUGGUCACGGGCCAUGAUUGGUACAUACAAUCGUGGAAGAGCAGUGAUGAUCCUGCUCCAGGCGAAUAUAUAGAACGUCUUGAUUCUCAUGGAUACCCGCAAUUUUUCGUGUGGAAAAAUUCAUCUAUAGUAUUUAGCACAGGGCCAUGGAAUGGUAUCGCAUUUAGUAGUACUACUAAACGUACACCAACUAGAUAUUACACUUUCGAGUUUUUUAUUAAACAGCAGGAAAUUUACUUCAAGUACAGUCCUAAUGAGUCCAUGCCCACCAGGGUGGUGAUCAACCAGGCUGGGAUGGUAGAACACCUAACAUGGAUUGAACAGAGUCACAGCUGGAUAGUCUACGUGAAUGCGCAAACUGAUAACUGUGAGCGUUUUGCUUUAUGUGGUCCUUAUGCAAGUUGCAACAUCAAUAACUCUCCUCCAUGUGACUGCUUGCGAGGUUUCGAACCUAGGUAUCCUGGACAAUGGUAUGCGGCGGACUGGUCUAGUGGUUGUGUAAGGAGAACUUUUUUGGCUUGUAACCAAGAUGGUUUUCUUAAAUUUACGAGUAUCAAGAUGCCAGAUUCUAGAUCAUCCUGGUUUAAUGAGAGCAUGAACCUUGAAGAAUGCAAGAAAAUGUGCUUGGCAGAUUGCAAUUGUACAGCCUACUCAAAUCUUGAUAUCAGAAAUGGCGGAAGUGGAUGCUUAAUAUGGUUUGGUGAACUCAAUGAUAUUAGAGAGUACAGCAACAAAAAUGAACAAGUCCUGUUUGUGAGAGUUGCUGCUUCAGAAUUAGAUUCAGACAGGAAUUGGAGAAGAAAGAGGUCAGCCCUGAUUGCGAUCAUUUCAGCACUAGUAGCAACUUUUAUCCUCGGUUUUGUAGGUUGGUUUUCCUUCCAAAGAAAGAACAGAAGAACAGAUAAAUCUGCUAGAGGUUCAGAAGUUGGAAACGAAGACCUCGAGUUGCCAUUGUUUAGUUUAGUUAUUGUUACUACUGCCACUAAAAACUUCUCGUCUGCUAAUGUGAUUGGGGAGGGCGGCUUUGGACCCAUUUACAAGGGUAUCCUAGCAAAUGGACAAGAGAUAGCAGUAAAGAGGCUAUCAGAGUAUUCUGGACAAGGUGUUCGAGAGUUAAAAAAUGAAAUCGUUCUCAUUUCCAAGCUGCAACAUAGGAACCUUGUCAAGCUUUUGGGUUGCUGCCUUGAAGGAGAAGAAAGGAUGCUGAUCUAUGAGUUUAUGCCCAACGCUAGCUUGGACUAUUUCAUUUUUGAUCCAAGCAGAAAAGCUUCACUUGCAUGGAAGAACCGUUUUAAAAUUGCUAUGGGAAUAUCUAGAGGUCUUCUUUACCUUCACCAGGACUCAAGAUUAAGAAUUAUUCACCGAGACCUUAAGACCAGCAACAUUUUAUUAGAUAGUGAAAUGAAUGCCAAAAUUUCUGACUUUGGCCUUGCCAAAAUUUUUGGCGGAGAACAAGUGGAAGGAAAUACUAAGAGGAUACUAGGGACAUAUGGAUACAUGUCACCGGAGUAUGCCGUUGAUGGGAAAUAUUCAGUAAAAUCCGAUGUAUUCAGUAUCGGUGUUAUCAUUCUAGAAAUAGUUAGUGGCAGAAGGAACAGGAAAUUUCAUCAUUUCGAACAUCAUUACAAUCUUUUGGGACAUGCAUGGUUACUUUGGACUGAAGGAAAAGCAUUGGAACUGAUGGACGAAUGUUUAAAAGAAUCAUUUUCAGAAGCUCAAGUGUUGAGAUGCAUUCAGGUCGGGUUGUUGUGCGUCCAAAAACUCCCAGAAGAUAGGCCUAUGAUGGCAUCAGUAGUUUUCUGGUUGGAGAAUGAAUGCCCAGUUCUUCCUCAACCAAAGCAGCCUGGUUUUUUUACAGAAAGGAAUUCAAUGGAAUCAACAGAGUCAGCUGAAUUUUUAAGUUAACUUGUUGUAAUCGGGUAAGGCCAUGGUGCUGUGCAUCCAAGUUCAAUCAGCACAUAUUAUAUAUAAUUAAUCAGAAGAAAACCGG